AUGCUCACUAGCAACCGUUCACAGCACUCUCAGCGGUCUGAAAACGUCCCUAUUGGGAAGGAGGGUCAUGCUGUGAUGGAAACUCGUAAACGGGAGGUGUUCAUGGACCUCAGCAACACUUCGAACUUUCUGCCUGCUCACACGGGUGAGUCUCGUCUUGGUGGUGAUUCUGGUUGGUUUUGCAGGAUGACAACAGGCGCGGCCUCGCGAGGCAAGGCACGAUUAGGGGACGAUCUUGAUGAUACUAUCAUGCAGGGCACCACACCGGCUAGAAUGGAGUCCAUGAGCCCAGUGAUUGACUGGAAGGACACCAUCCCCCCAGAGGAUCGUCAAGUGACGUUCACUCAGGAGUUCAUCCCUCCAGUGAGGGACGAUUUUCAGGAUCUCGGCGACCCUCAGUUCGUGGCGGAAUAUGUCAACCCUAUCUUCGUCAAUAUGAACGGCGUUGAACAAAAACAGUCCAGCGACUACAUGCAGAGAACCCAGAAUGAUAUCACUCAGCGUAUGCGUGCAGUUCUGAUCGAUUGGUUAGUUGAGGUCCAUUGGAAGUUCAAGUUGGUUCCUGAGACGCUCUACUUAACGGUUAACUUGAUUGAUCGCUACCUUGGGCAGUGUCCUAAUCUCCCACGUACACGACUGCAGUUGGUUGGUGUUACUUGUUUAUUGAUUGCUUCUAAAUAUGAAGAUAUAUAUCCUCCCGAGAUGAAGGACAUUGUCAGUAUAUGCGACAGGACUUAUCAACGUCAUGAAGUGAUGGAGAUGGAAGUUGACAUUCUCAACACGCUUGGGUUCUGUAUGACUACCCCGUCGCCGAUGUUCUUCCUGUUGCGGUAUGCUAAGGUCAUGGAAGCCGAUGAGAAGCACUUCUUCUUAGCCCAGUAUUGUCUGGAGCUUGCAUUGCCAGAGUAUAGUAUGUUGAGGUAUUCCGCAAGUCAGUUAGCGGCAGGCGCCUUGUAUUUAUCCAACAAGUUGUUGAGGAAGCCGACAGCGUGGCCACCACAUGUGGCCGUGCAUUGUCCUAACACUGAGCACAACGUGAAGGUGGUGGCGAAGGAACUAUGUGCAUUAUUGCAAGUAGCUACCAAUGAGGACCAUUCGGGGACGCAACUCAGGGCUGUGAAGAAGAAGUUUCAGCUCUCUAAGUUCCGUAGUGUGUCCCGUAUGGUGCUCGGAUGAAGAUUAAAGCUGGAGUGUUUAAUCUCGUACUGAUUUAUCACGCAAGAAAUUGUCUAUGAUUUUAGACACUAUCGUCCUGAGGAAUGCCAGUUGUUGGACGCUUAUUCGUUUGUAAAAUGAAGCCCCGUGAUUAUUAUCGUCGUAUGUGAUCGGUUGCCCGAUUCAAUUAGUUUCGUAUGCUGCUGUAAGCACGCAAUGCAUGAGUUAUACUACAGAGUGACGAAUACUUUC